AUUUUGCUGCUUCUAAAUUGAAAUCAGUUUAUAAAGAAGAUUAUAUGAUUGUUAACACUGAAUGGGGAGGAUUACAAUUUCCAGAACUUGGACUCAACAGAUUUGAUGAUAUGAUUAAUGAUGUUAGCGUUAAUAAAGAUCAACAACGAUAUGAAAAGAUGAUUUCAGGUAUUUACAUGGGAUGGUUAGCAAGAUUAGCUAUUAGAGAAUUAAUUGAGAAAAAAGUUAUUUUUGAACGAUAUGCUGAUGCUGAAGUUUUUUCUAAUUCACCAGAUGACACUCAAUUUAAUGAUAAAAAGAAAUAUUCAUCAAGACAUACUGAAAUCGUUGAAGACACUUCUCCUGAACUUUCUCGUGUUGAUACCAUUUUAAAGUCACUUGGAGUUAAUGAUUCUACUUUAGAAGAAAGAAAGAUCCUUAAGGCUAUAACUGAGGCAGUUGUUAAAAGAGCUGCUUAUCUUUCUGCAGCUGCAACAGUUGCCUUAUACCGUAAGAUGGUUCCAUAUAUGAAAGAAAGAACUACUGCUGGUAUUGAUGGUACUGUUUAUGAAAAGUCUGUUCCAUUUAAGAGAUUCUAUCUUGAAGCAAUCCGUCUUUUACAACCAAAAGAAAACUUUACUUGUCAGUUAUCUAAAGAUGGAUCUGGACUUGGUGCUGUCAUUGUUGCUGCUGCUGUUGCAUGUAAACACUAA